CUUUAAGGCUUAAGGUCGAUUUCAAGGUUAAUUCGAGUCGACAUCAUAGAGGUCCCAUGGGUUGUAAUGAGUUUUUAGAUGUGGAUGUUGUGGAUGAGUUGCAGUCUUAUAUCGAACGUCAGAUUCAUAGUGUUGAAUCGAAGAAGAAUUUUAAUAGCGUGACUGCGUUUGGUGGGGGUAAAUCAAAAGUCAGAAUAACAUCUGGGGUUUAUUCAGUAGACCUUCAUUCAAAAAAUAUAGUUUCUAAAGCUGUUAAGAAGCUUUCAUGUGAGCUUGAUCAAGUUGUUUCACAUACCUAUAGCCGUCCAGAUAGUGCCAAUUUAAGGAUAACGUCCAUUAUACGGGAUUUUGAGAAAACAGUUACCGAUAUGUGUAACCAGUAUUCUGCACAUGUUUCAAAAUUGAGAAAUCCUCUCUCAUCCAUUAAGCUAGGUAGUGUUUAUGCUUGGGCACGUGAGCAGUCCGGAGCCAACUUUAAUGACCUUCAAAUGUGUUCAGAUCUUAGAAAAAAUCGUUUGCGUUUAUGUCAAAAGUUGUCACGUUUGGUACGUCUAUCUAAGUCAUCUAAAGAACAGAGUCAACGUCAUCCUCUACUCGUCAGUCUGCGACAUGACCUAACGAAAAUAAGAUUACGUGCGACAGGGAAAGUAUUUACAGAAAAGCCUGUAAUUAUUACACUUCCUUCAGACAGUACCUUUGCUUCGUUUGAAAAACCCAUUAUCCAAUCGAAACUCGCGGUUGUAUUUGAAAGGUUGGCUGACCAAAUAACGGAUCUUCUUCUCCCAAUUUCACAUCUUAUUCCAGGUAUUUCAAUCGUAAAAUGUGCCGAUGACGCUGCAAAACGCCGAGAAAAUUUACGUGCACAAGUAAUUUUAGCUAUUCACGGAUUUUAUUGUCAUUUCAAUGAGAUCACUGAAGAAAAUACAUAUGAAUUUAAACAAAAUAAUUCAGUCAUGAAUGAUGAUCCUAUGAAUGAAAGUUAUGACUUAUCGGAUAGAUCUGAGUCUAGUUCCGAUGAUGAUGACAUUACUGGGGUAAAGUUAUUAGCUCAACUAAGUCCUGCUAUAGUCCAAGCUUCACUUGAUCGAUUUGAUCAUUUUAAUUGGAAUAAACAAAAACAACGAUCUUCAUCAAAUCGUUCAAAAGAACAAACAAUGGAACUGCAAUCUAUCAACAAUAUACGACAACCUACUUCCAGUUAUGUAAAAUCAUUAAAUAUAAAAGAAAAGAUGAAAUUAACUCAAUCUACAAUGGAUAAUGGAAAUGUUGAGAAACUAAUAGAGACAAAUUCUGGAGGUCAAUUGAAUAACGAUGUUUCAAUGGAAUCAGAUUCUGAGAUUAUUCGAACUGAAGAAGAUGAAAUAGAAGAGAAAGAAACAAAAGAGAAUAAUCGAAUUGAUACUGACGAAGAAAAACACAAUAAAACAAUACAGCAUUUCAAUAAAUCAACGAAAUCACAUUCUAAUAGUAGUAAAGUGAGUAGUAGUGGAUUUACACGAAAACAUACAAAUCGAUCACUUCGUUUACGUCAUAGUCGAACACCAUCUGAUGCAAGUUGUUCCGAAGGUGAAGUAUUGUCUGAUACUGAAGAAGAUCAUGACUUAACUGAUAAUGAUGUUGUUGAUGAAAAAGAUAUUGUUGCUGUUCAGGAGAAAGUGAAAUCGAUCUCUGAAACAAAUUGUGAUCAUAACGAAAAUUUAGUCCGUUUGGUGCAUAAUUCAUUACAGGCUAAUACACCUAUUAGUGAUGUUGACUUAACUGAAUUAGAAAUUAUGGAUGAAUGGGGUCCACCUACAUCGGUUAAUCGAUUAGACACAUCAAUUGCAUUAAGUGAUAUCAGCCUUCCAGCUGAAAAAGAGUUGAACUUGAUCACAACUGAUGGUGAUAAGGAUGAUAAAAUUACAGAUAUAUUCAAUGAAUCAUUAGAAUUCUGUGCUAAACAUUUACAUGAUUUAAUAAUAUUAGCUGAAACUAAUUGUCAUUUAAUGAGAAAGCCUAUAGAUAUCAAUAAACAAAAUGAUAUCAAUCAAACAAAAAUCAAUAAUCAAUUACAAUCGAAUUUUUGUUUAUCUUCUGAAUUAGAAGCUAGUAUUGAUAGAACAGCAACUGCUUUCAAAGAACACAUUAAUUCAGUACUAACUAAUCUGUUACAUACUGCAUCAAUCUCGAAAUCAUCAAAUGAUGAAUCAAAAUCUCAUAGUCAACGUAUAUCAACAAUCACAUCAGCACGUAGACAACAUGCUCCUUCCCGACGUGGUUCUAGACUUCGUGGUAUGCUAUUAGCUUAUCAACAGGAUGCUGUGAAGAAACGUUUAAGCUCAAAUAAUUCUGACUAAACACCAAUAAUGAAAGCCAAACAAUCAUGGAUCAUGAUUACAAAAUGAAAACAAGUUUUUUGUUGUCUUUUCUAGUUUUGAAGUUUGGUUUCAUUACCUUUUUUCCUACAUUUGAAGCAAACAUAUAACUCACUAUCAUCAAUAUCCAAGUGAUAUAACUGUGAAUUGGUCGGGUUUUUUAUGAUAUAUACACUAAUCUUUUAUUAUUUAAGUGAUUUGUUUCAUAUCAAUCAUUUAUAUUUGUCUACCUAUAUCUAAAUUGAACAAACCAUUCUGUAGUAUAUUAGAAAUAGGGUUUUAGUAUAAUAAUUGUGGUAACUAGUUCUCAUUUGCACAUACCACGACACUUAGGCUGACAAUUAAACACUUCACGUGAUGUAUAAGCAAUGUAGUCUGCAGUCACUAAAAGCUAUAUGUACAACAUAAAUCAAUGAUGAAAAUUAUAUUUUUUUUCAAUUUAGUUGAAGGGAUUUUAUAGAAAUCAGUUUGGUUUGUUUAAUUGUGUUCGUCUUGAUUGAAAGAGGCUAAUUAAUAUUAGACAUUCUUGUACAGUUAUUGAUUCAUACAUAAUAGCGCGCGAGACCGAAGGCCCUGGGUUCGAAUCCCGCGAGCGGGAUCGUGGAUGCGCACUGCUGAGGAGUUUCACAAUAGGACGAAAUGGCUGUCUAGUGCCUCCAGGUUUCCAAAGGUGGUCUAAUAUCAAUCGGUUCAUGAUCUCAAUCAAAAAUCCACUGGUUUUCCUGAACUGCUCAAUUUUAUGCGACGAAAUAAUACUACUUACAAACUAUUGUUAGUAGUUAGAAAAUUUAGAAUGAAUUUCCGCGGUUUGGUUAUUUACAACAUGAAGUAUUAAAUAGACAAGAAGGAAAGUUGAUUGACUCAAAUAUAGGAUUUCUAUGUACCUCUAUCUAUUCGAGUACAAUUACUUUAUAAGUACGGUACACUCUGAACCAGAUUUGAAAACUGUUGCAUUUUAAACCUCAUCCUAAAUAAUCAUUCCUCUGUGAUAUGCAUUGUAAACGCUUUCAGUUGUUCAUACACAAGUGACCAUUUCGUAAACAUUAGUUUGCAUUAAAACCAUAUUUGCAUCUCGUGAAACAGUUGAUAAAUAAUAAAACUUUUAGUAGUAACUCUAAUGAAACCAUAAUUACAAGUUCUCAAGUACCUCAAAAGUAAUCUCUGAAGAUGAAAAAUUCAGUCAGUCAGUCAGUAACAACGUAGAAUUUCGUACGUAAGUACUUCAGUUCGAGUAGCCAUACUACAUUACAUUAGCACAGAGAUACAGUGGUCGAUUCAAAUCCCGUAGUUCUAGAUGUAGUAAAAUUAUAAACUGUAAUCAGAAAAAUUAGGGUUUGAAGAUGUUAUUCAAGCAGUAUAAUCAAGUGAAAUAAAUUUGGAAAGAGAUAAAAGAAAGGGACUCGUGUGCGAACGCUUAACCUCUGUACUACUGACCCGGAAUCUAAUGAUGUUAAUGUCUAACUUCAACAAAUAGUGGAUGAUGGCUUAAUUUCGUCGAUUGAUUGAAGUUAGACAUUUACACCGUUGAACGCCAACUCAGUGGUCUAGAGGUUAAGCGUUGGCGCACGAGACGGAAAUUUUCGGAUUCCGUUCCCGUGAUUGGGAUCAUGGAUGCGAACUGCUGACAAGUCCCACACUCUAACGAAAUGGCUAUCCACUGCUUCCUGGUUUUCCAUAGUGAUCUAGCUUUAAUCAACUUAUGAAUUCAUAAAUGUAAAUGUUUAUCGAUUCAAUGUUUGUUUGUUUGUUUAUUUAUUUCUUCUAUUAAAACGAUCCAUUCAAUUAUGACCUUUAAGGUUGAAAAUUGAUCAAGGAUAUUUUAAUUAAACUAAAAAAAACAAAAGCUCAUUCCUACAUUUCGUGUUCCAUGGAACUUGACCUAAAAGAUUCAAUAAAAACUUUCUUGAUUUCGAUGUGAAUUUGUUUAAGAGAAAAAAAUUGCCAGAAGUUAUGUCAUCAUUAUUUCAUUUAAAUAAGGUCCAUCAACCAGUUUGUUUGUUUUCUGGCUGAAACAACUGAAAGAAUCUGGAAGUUCUUUGUUAUGAUAGUGACAAUAAAAAAAUUUUGGCGACACUAUAAUUUAUGAACGAGCCAAUCAGAUUUAAGAUAACAGGUGUCGGAUUUUGGCGCAAAAUUCAUUAAUCCAUUUAGCUAAAUAGAAUUUUGUCAUUUCAGCUGAUGUUAGUCCAUGAUGAAAACCAUAAAUCUAAAUCCUAAUCUUUACUAUCAACUGUAAAUCAUUGUCGUUAUUCUUUAAACUGUUGUAUAACCUUCAUUUAGCCCUAUUAAGUGGGUAGUUAGUGUCAUGGUCAAUUUGGUGUUGCUCAAAGGUCGUCCCAUCAGAAACACUUUUUCUGGAAGAGACUAUUAAAUUGAAUAGUGUGAGAUACAAUGGUGAUGUUUAUUUAAAGAAAAGUUGUAUUCAACUGAAAUCUACCUUGUUUAAUGUAUAGUUUGAAGAUAUGUGAAGAUCAUUGACAUAACAUAUGGAUAUUGUAAACAAGACAUCUUGCUCAAGUGACUUAUAUAAUAGAGGGUUAAGAUUAAUCACUAAAAGAACAUAUAGAUCUUAACAGUUGAUGAUCUUGAUCUGAAAGAUCUUCAGUUAUGAUUUUAUUUCGCUGCUUUUUUUUGUUUAUUUAAUUUUAAUUAUGAUUAUGUCAAUCCCGUGCUGUUGUACUUAUAUGGAAUGUGGCAACAUAACUAUUUAUGUGGGCUACUAAAUUUUUGAUGUUUACUAAUUGUUUCAUGACAGUUCCGAGAAAUUUAAAAUAUGAACACUUCUUUUUAUAUAGACCAUGUCUAUGGUCUUUGAAACACAUUUCCAUUAUUCAUUUUAAAAUUGUUUGGAUUAUCUCGUUGAUAUUUUGGGCUCAACGAUGUAAUUUGUAGGCGGAAGGACGGCAUAAUAAUGGGAUCCCCUCUGGGUCCAUUACUUUCAGAUCGCUUCAUGGCUAGUUUAGAAAACAAUCAACUCAAGGCGACUAUAGAAAAACUUCACUUGUAUAAAGGAUACGUAGAUGAUAUCUUUAUCGUUUGUGACAACAAAUAUGACUUGAGUCAUCUUAUGAAGACAUUUAUUAAUUGCCACCCUGAUACGUCUUGUUAAUUUGAACGCUUUAUUCGGUUCUUGAGCUAUUCUGGUAACCCGCAAGCUAGAACUUCGCAGCGACCUGAACUCGAGAGAAAAGGCACGAAAUAAGCGAAAGGCACUUUACUCCAAAUGUUCAUUUUUGUACAGAAAAACACGGGUAUUUAUAGAUGUUAACAUUUGUUAAAUCAACAUCAUAUUUUGGCCAAUCCGAUAAAGGACAUAUUAUGCUACUGACCAAUAGUAGCACUCCACGUUGAUAUUCUAGAGGGGUCCAUCAUGCUCUGAUUGGCUAGGACUCUUCGUCUCCUUUAGGGCUUCUGGAGGCUCCUUUGAAGUUCUCGGAAAGCCGACUCAACACAUCCAAUAAUAAAAUUCACAUUAGAAGUUGAAAACAAACAAAAUGUUCACCUUCUUGACGUGGAGAUGACAAGAAAGAAAGAUGGUACUCUAAAAAGAUCUACUUACAGGAAGCCCAUGUGGAAUGGCCAACUAUCACGUUUUCACAACCGCGUCCCCAUUGGUCAAAAAAGAAACCUAAUAAUAACACUCGUAACAAGAAUACAACGAAUCUGUAGUCAUGACGUCAUAGAGGAAUAAUUAGGCCACCUGAAGGAGAUACUUAUUAAAAAACGGAUAUCCUUCGAUUUUCAUUGAUAAGAACAUAAAACCGAAAACACAGAUAACUAAAAUAGAAAAGAAAGCUUUAUGCAUGAACAUCGAAUUCAAGGGUGACAGACGGCCAUAUACAUGUUAAAGAGGAGAACUUCGGAUUCUUUAAAAAGAACAUUCCCCUCAGCAACAUUUUGUAUAGUAUUCUCCAGCCGAUCAUUGUUCACCAAUAACCUUAAAGAUAUAUUAUCUCAUCUGAUCAACUCAAUGUGCAUCUAUCAAUUUACCUGCUCACGUGAAGUAAGGUAUAUAGGUCGUUCGAUGCGUACUUUAUCCAAAAGAAUUGAAGAACAUUGUCCAGCAUGGCUAAAAAGAGGAGGAAGCGGCUCAAUAAGAAGUUGAGUAAUUGAACACCUUGUCAACACAGGUCAGUCAAUCAAGACAAGCUCUGCGUUCGAAGUCAUCUACAAAGACAAUUAGACUGCAUCUUCUUUGUAUUGCCGAAGCAUUAGCCAUACAUCUGGAAAAACCAGAAUUGUGUGUGCAAAAACGACUGGUACAACCUCUUCUUCUACCAUGGUCCUGAUGUCUUAUAAUUUUUUUAAUUUUUAAUUUUCUCUUUGUUCAUAAUCUUUCUCCUUUAUAGCCAUCUGCUUCAUCUUCCAUCUUCCCCUUAAAUUUUCUACCACCAGCUGGUUCAUUUUCUUUCCACGAUCAUCCUCAUUACAUUUAAUCUCAAUUUCAACACUUUAUCUUAUCAUGCUGAGCUAUCAGAUUAUUUAACUAGUUGUUAUUAAUUAAAACAGUUAAAAAAGAUGGAUUUUAUUGUGAGUAUCGAUACUACUUUAUUAGUAAACAACGAUAUAAUAGAGAUAGUGGAGAUCUAUAGCUCAGGUGGUUGCGCCAAAAUCCGACGCCUGUUAUCUUCAAACUGAUUGGUUCGUUCAUGAAUUAU